AUGGUUGACCUCCAUUCCCUCCCUGCCGGCUCCAGGCCCGAACAAGCACAUCGGAACAACGGGCCCGACAAUCUCGCCCUAGAACGAUACAAGUUACGAGAGUUAGCAGAGGGCUGGCCCCUUUAUCGAGAUGCAUGCGAAUGGAAAAACCUGAAAUCUAUCUUCCACCCAGACGCUUAUAUCUACACGACCUGGACCGGGCGAACGCAUCAUUUAGACUUCAUCGCCGCGUCGCAGGCAGGCAUGGACAAAGGCGCUUUCAUUAUGCACCGCUGCCAUGGGAUCAGCACAGACAUCAACGCCGAAGCUACACGGGCCGUCACCAAGAUGAAGGCCACUAUCACGCAGCGCUUCAGCAUUGAUGGAUGUGAGGUCGACGCCGAGAGUGAUUGUCGCUUCUGCUUUUUCUGGAUGAAAAUGCCCGAGUCCGGUGAGUGGCGCGCAAGGUAUGUGAGGCAUUGGUAUGAGAAGGAUAAACUGAUCCCCGUAAAUCCGACCAAGGCGCCCGCCCUGGAUGAAGCCAAGUUGAAUGAAUUUCCCAGCGGAUACCGGUAUCUAGCUUAUUGUCAGGAGAAGACUAUGGGUGUCAAGGUCCUCCGCGAUAUGCCUGGACAUCGACGUGAGAGCGGCGUUGAAGGAGGAAGUAAGGCCUGUGGAGAGAAACACGAUCUUCUCUACUGGCAGUGCAAGAAAUGGGUGGAAGGCGAAGAUGUCGAUAUCUGA